AUGGUCGCUCUCGCAUACACGCCGCAAGCCAGGCUGACCUACCUGGGCCUGUCCGCUGUGAUUCGAAGACAUCUAAGCACAUCGCGGAUGCGUCGCUCGUCCGGGUCCUACGUGCGAUCCGACUUCUCGAAUCAAGGCUACAGCGGUGUAUACGACUCCGGAGCUCCCACCGAAGGUCCACUCAGCGGUGCGUCCAACAUCGGAGCGCCACGCAUCACGCCGACCAUCCUCAAGCAGCACCUCGAUCAAUUCGUAGUCGGCCAAGAGCGGGCGAAGAAGACGCUCGCGACCGCUGUCUACAACCAUUACCAGCGAAUACAAGAACUGCAACGCCGUGAUGACGAAGAGGAGGAGCAAUUAGCGGCCGAGGAGCGAAGACGCAUGGCGCACCACCCACGACAUCCGAAUGAAGACGAGUUUCCGGGCCAGCAGCAGACAACGAUCAACCUAUACCCGCCCAGUUCGGGACCACAUUCGAGGCCGCAGGAUCGACCGGGUGCGUCUCCGCUGCAGGAUGAUAGUCCGUUGACGAUUGAGAAGAGCAAUGUAUUAUUACUGGGACCUUCGGGCGUGGGCAAGACGUUGAUGGCGAGGACAUUGGCGAGGGUGUUGGAUGUUCCGUUCAGCAUGUCGGAUUGCACGCCGUUCACGCAGGCAGGAUACAUCGGAGAAGAUGCCGAGGUGUGUGUACAGAGAUUGCUCGCUGCGGCGGAUUACGAUGUGAAGCUGGCCGAAAGAGGGAUAAUAUGUCUGGACGAGAUUGACAAGAUUGCCACGGCCAAAGUCUCCAACGGCAAGGAUGUGAGCGGCGAAGGCGUGCAACAAGCGUUGCUGAAGAUCAUCGAGGGAACCACAUUACAAAUACAAGCCAAACAAGAACGAAGCAGUUCCACCGAUCGGAAGCGAGGACAAGGAGCAGGGUAUCCGACCAACAGUCCACUCUCCGGCGGCAGCAUGGGCCAAUCCUCCGCCUCUGGAGUUCAAAAAGGCGAAGUCUACAGCGUCAAAACCGACAACAUCCUGUUCAUCUGCGCUGGCGCCUUUAACGGUCUCCACAAGAUGGUCCUCGACCGCAUCAGCAAAGGCAGCAUCGGUUUCGGAGCCACUGUCCGCGCCGCUCCAGGCUCGUCAUCGAACUCCUCCAACCAACACGAAACCAUCCUCGAAGGCGAAGACGACUUGUUCGAAAAGCAUCUCCCUUACUACUCCUCCCCAGAGCCAACCUCCCAAGAGCCCAACCAGAAGAAGCAAAAGCGUACCUACAAUACCCUCGACCUAGUCGAACCCCAAGACCUCCAGAAAUUCGGCCUCAUCCCCGAACUCGUCGGCCGCAUCCCUCUGUCCUGCGCACUAUCCUCUCUGUCCAUUCCAGCUCUCGUACAAGUCCUCACCGAACCACGUAAUAGCCUUUUGAAGCAAUACCAGCAACUCUUCGCCUUGUCCUCCAUCGAGCUACGCUUCACGACUCCCGCCCUGCACGCCAUCGCACGGACCGCCACGAAAAUGGGUACCGGAGCGCGAGGUCUUCGAACGGUGAUGGAACGACUGCUGGCAGACGCGAUGUUCGAAACGCCCGGCAGUGGAGUGAGGUAUGUGCUCGUCAACGAGGCGGUGGCGGAGAAGAAGAGUGGCGCGGUGUACUUCACGAGAGGCCAGCAGCAAAAGGAGAGGUUUCAGGGCAUGAUCGCGGAUGAGGAGGAUGUGUGGGAAGGGAGGAAUGGCCAGGAAAGCGACUGGGAAGCAAGAGCGAAGAACAACACGAAGGGUGGGGCGGCGACUACGUUUGAGGAGUAUAGGGAGAAGGCAACGGCGGCGGGAUUCGUGUGA